UUUUCAAAAUUAUAUUUUUCUUUAUCGUAAAAUUUACUCUUUUACCUCCUAUAGGAUAUAGGUUAAAAAACGAUAUAAUUUUCUUUUCCUAGUAUAGGAAACAGCAUGGCAAAGGACACCAAGCUUUAUAUCUCCUACAACCGGGUUCACCAACUCGUAAAAGAAUCAGUUGAACGUUAUCGAAUAAAUGACGAUUUUAAGCCCGACCUCAUGAUUGCAAUAGGCGGUGGUGGUUUCAUACCCGCUAGAAUAUUGCGUACAUUUUUAAAACGAGCCAAUAAUAAAAAUAUUCCGAUUCAAGCAAUUGGCCUCUCUCUUUAUGAGGAUCUUGGUUCCUAUAACUUGUCAACUGACGAUUCUCAAGCAAUAAUUGGUACCCAAGUAAUAAAAACCCAAUGGCUUCACUUUGGACCUUCUCAUGCAACAACCUCUCCAUUGUUAGGCAAGAAUAUUCUUAUUGUAGAUGAAGUCGAUGAUACUAGAACCACACUUGCUUACGCAGUACAAGAACUUUCCAAGGAUAUAGAAGAAGAGAAACGUAAAUUUUUACAAAAAAAUCCUGGAUGCAUUGCUCCUGAAACAAAAUUUGCUGUAUUCGUUCUUCAUAAUAAAAAGAAAGAGAAAAGAAUGGAAUUUCCUGACCCUUCCAUAAUAGAGGAAGGUAGAUAUUAUGCAGCUAGAGAAACACCUGAUCGCUGGUUGGUUUAUCCUUGGGAAGCCAAUGACAUCGAGGAACAUACAAAAAAGAGUUUGAUACAAGAACAAGAAGAAUUACAAUAAUAUGUUUGUAAAUUGUGAGCAAAAUAUUAUCGGGAAUAUUAUUUAUAUUUAUUAGAAAAAAAAGUUAAAUCAUGUGACUGUAUAUAUAUUCGUUGAAUUAAAAUAUUUAUAAUUCUAUUAUUCCAUUCAUUAAUGAUAAUAAUUAGCUGACUAAAAGUAUUCUUUCUAUGAAGUAUGAAAAUUUCUACAAGCUUCCGUUUGAUAAUAAUUCUUUACUUUAUUACAUAUAU